AUGGAGAUUGACUUUCCGCGAGUGGAUCCAACGGAACUGAAGAAAGAACGUAAACGACGAAAAUUCGCUACUGAUGUGAAUGGUGCGAAACGACAAAAAAAGGUUAGUAAACUGAAACUUGAGGUAAUUUGCUUUCUUUUGAAAAUUGGAUUAAUCAUGGAGAUUGACUUUCCGCGAGUGGAUCCAACGGAACUGAAGAAAGAACGUAAACGACGAAAAUUUGCUACUGAUGUGAAUGGUGCGAAACGACAAAAAAAGGCAUCAUUCCGCAGUGGUGGACAAUUGAAUUCAGAGCAUGCAGGCAUUUGGACGCGUCCAAUGACAAUAGCUUGUUUGGCUGAAGGAGUACUUGGAUUGGGCGUUGUCAAAGAGGCAUCAUUCCGCAGUGGUGGACAAUUGAAUUCAGAGCAUGCAGGCAUUUGGACGCGUCCAAUGACAAUAGCUUGGUUGGCUGAAGGAGUACUUGGAUUGGGCGUUGUCAGAGAGAUCAGUGAAACAGAAGUGCUUUUGGAGUGUGCGAAUGGCCUGAUCGUUCAGCUUCCGGUUGAGAAUUGCGGUGCUGGACUGCUGAAGACGCUCAGCAGCUCGUCGCUGCAACUUGACGAUGUGUUCAAAAUUGGUCAAAUGCUGUCAUUUAAAGUCCUUAAGCCAGCAGCACCAAAACAAGGUUCGAAAUGA